UGCUCACAAGUCACGUGACUGCCAACUAUGGCGUCCCUCACCGUAUUGAUGUAGGCGUAUCGCUAACAUGACAACAUAGCUGAAACGAUCGCCAUUUACAUGACCAGUGGACAGAUUUCAGUGCUAACAUGCAGAAGAUCAAGUCUCUCAUGGCCCGACAGGGUCUAAAAAGCCCUCAGGAGAGUAUGACAGACCUCAGUCCCACGGAAAACUUGAGGAUCCCAAGCAAGGAGGAGCUGCGAGAGCUCAGGGAGCAGCCGAUCGACCCUCAGGCCGAGCAGGAGAUCAUCGACGGCAUCGAGGAGAUCUACUUCUCCAACGACUCUUUUGACAUGGUGCAGCACGAACUGCAGAAACUCCCAACCGAGUUGAACCUGCAGGACUUGGAAGAGUACCGAGACAGACUGAAGAGACAACAGGCUGCUGUUUCCAAAAAGGUUGCUGAUCUCAUUCUGGAGAAGCAGCCUGCUUAUGUCAAGGAACUGGAGAGAGUGACGGCGUUACAGACCAACCUGCAGCUGGCUGCUGUUAUUUGCACAAAUGCAAGAAGGCAACUGAGUGUGUCAAAGGAGGGAUUCACAGAAGCAAGCUUGGGCUUAUUAGCCAAUCAGAGAAGGCGGCAGCUCCUGACAGGCCUGCUCAAAUCUCUUCGGACCAUCAAGACGCUGCAAAGAACAGAUGUGCGACUCAGCGAAAUGCUCGAGGAGGAAGACUAUCCUGGUGCUAUCCAGCUGUGUCUGGAAUGUCAGAAGGCUGCCAGCACAUUCAAACACUAUAGCUGCAUCAGUGAAUUGAAUUCCAAACUGCAAGACACUCUGGAGCAAAUAGAGGAGCAGCUUGACGUUGCCCUGUCAAAGACUUGCAAGCACUUUGAUGUUUCGCACUAUACCAAGGUCCAUCUGGCUUACACACUCCUGGGGAAGACGCAGACUGCUAUGGACCAGCUGCACAUGCACUUCACCCAAGCCAUCCACAACACUGUGUUCCAAGUGGUGCUGGGUUACGUCGAGCUCUGUGCUGGCAAUGCUGAUACCAAGUUCCAAAAAAUGCAGUAUAAGGAUCUGUGUACGCAUAUCACCUUGGACAGCUACAUCCCGUGUCUGACGGAUCUCUGCAAGGCAUUGUGGGAGGUGAUGCUGAGUUACCACCGCACGAUGCAGUGGCACGAGGCCCACGACAAGCAAGCCGCCGCGCCCGCUCCAGAGGACGCAGCGUCGACAGAGUCCGAUGAGUUGGCGAUAGACCGCAGCUAUGUCAAGAAGAAGCUGGAGCACGGACUCACACGGAUCUGGCAGGAUGUCCAGUUAAAGGUGAAAGCCUACAUCCUGGGGACCGACAUGUCCAACUUCAAAUAUGACGACUUCAUUGUGGUAUUGGAUGUCAUCAGCAGGCUGAUGCAGGUUGGUGAGGAGUUCUGUAGCAGUAAAUCUGAGGUCCUGCAAGAGUCCAUCAAACGCCAGAGUGUCAACUACUUUAAAAACUAUCACAGGGCACGGCUGGAGGAGCUGCGUAUGUUUCUCGAGAAUGAAACAUGGGAACUUUGCCCCGUCAAAUCCAACUUCAAUAUCUCCCAGCUCCACGAGUUCAAGUUCAUGGACCAGUGUCGCUCCCCUCCGCUUUCCCCAAGCCGACAGGGUGCAUCCUCCGCCAUCCAAAUCCAAGAGCAACUUUGUCUGUUCCAGCAAUACCUGCAAGACGGAAACCCUUUUGAGAUGCACAUUGAGCAAAAAGAGGAAGAGACAGAGGAUGUGCUGGCAUCGAAUGGGUACGAGUCCGACGAGCUGGAGAAGAGCACUUAUCACGAUUACGACAGCGACAGUGACGUCCCCGAGGAGCUCAAGCAGGACUACGUUGACGAGCAGACGGGAGAUGUGCCCCUCAAGAGUGUGUCUCGCGAGACCAUACGAAGCAAGAAGAGGUCAGAUUAUAACCUGAAUAAAACCAAUGCCCCGAUCCUUACCAACACGACUCUAAAUGUCAUCCGGCUUGUCGGGAAAUACAUGCAGAUGAUGAACAUUCUGAAGCCGAUUGCCUUCGACGUCAUCCACUGCGUGUCGCAGCUCUUUGACUACUACCUCUAUGCCGUUUACGCCUUCUUUGGACGAAAUGACAUGCCUGUCCCAAGCCCAUCUUUGCCCGCUCAUGGUGGCAGAGAGUCGGGUACAGCCCGAGUGGUGGGCCCGGCUUGUUUGUAUGAAUCAUCGGGUCUGGGCCUGAUCAGCAGCAGACUGCGAACCACACUGAACCGGAUCCAGGAGAGCCUCAUUGACAUGGAGGCCGGCGGUGAAGCUACGAGCAUGCACGCUCCCUCAGAGGACAGGAAGGAAAAGGUGCCGAGCCCCCACCUCAGCCAAAUGGUGGUCCUCACAAACAGCGGCACGCUUUAUGGGCUGGCGCAGAGAGUGGUCGCCACCGAGUCCCUUGUGUUUUUGGCCGAGCAGUUUGAGUCGCUUCAAUCCCAUUUGGACACAAUGAUGCCCGCUGCCAAGAAGCCUUUUCUGCAGCAGUUCUAUUCCCAGACUGUGUCGACGGCCAGCGAACUGCGGAAGCCCAUUUACUGGAUCGUGGCUGCCAAGGCCAUCGACUAUGAGCAGAUGUUGCUCCUGAUGUCCGGCGUCAAAUGGGACAUUAAAGAGAUCAUGUCCCAGCAUAACAUAUAUGUGGAUGUGCUCUUAAAGGAGUUUGAGAUGUUCAACCAGCGGCUUGGUGACGUCUCCAGACACGUGCGCAUCCCACUGCCUGUGUCCAAUGUCCUGUGGGAACACUGCAUCCGCUUGGCCAACAGGACUCUUGUCGAGGGCUACGCCAAUGUGAAAAAAUGCAGCAACGAAGGUCGGGCCCUAAUGCAGCUGGACUUCCAGCAGUUCUUGAUGAAGUUGGAGAAGCUGACUGACCUCAGACCCAUUCCCGAUAAGGAGUUUGUCGAAACCUACAUCAAGGCCUACUACAUGACGGAGAAUGAUAUGGAGCAGUUCAUCAAGAACCACAGGGAGUACUCCAUGAAGCAGCUCGCAAACCUGGUGAACGUUUGUCUGGGCUCCCACAUAAACAAGAAAGCCCGCCAGAAACUUCUGGCUGCCAUUGACGACAUUGACAGACCCAAGAGAUAGACCGCACCCAAAUGGACCAAGCGGCGUGAGGAAUGACAUGAACCACCUGCUUCGGUGGAUGUUAUUUCAAGUUCAUAUCUGUACCACAACGCUUAUCAACCUCAUUGUUUUUUUUGUUUUUUUUUAUUAUUGUUUUUUUUUUUUUAUUUAUCAUAACUUCACUGCAGUUUUCUUCCUUCAGUUAACAACACCUGGAAUUCACCGUGUAAUAAAUUAGAUGAGAACUGUGUAGCCGUGAAAAAAAUCACAUGAUGUUUAUGAAUUUUUUUUUUUUAGAUGAUGUUUUACUUGUUAUUCGUGCACUCCAGCUAAUGAGAACUAGGUAGUUGUGCCUGAAUGGCUGCCGCUUGUUUUCUUGGUUGUUCUGUUCAAGAAUCUUGAAUCGAAUUGUAAUUUAAAGUGAGAUUGUAUUUCUGCACCAUCUAGAAUUGACUGUGUUCGUUAUUAUGUGCGAAUGAUGUGAUUUCACCUUUCAGGCGCUAGAUUAUGAAGUUGCAAUGGAAUCCCGCAAAUGCAAAAAAAAAAAAAAAUCCAUGAGUGUAUAUAUUCCUGAUCGUGCGUCGUCUUCAGAGGAGAAUAUUACAAACGUGAAUGUUUUCACCAACGUCUGUAUUUAUUUGCGGCUCUUUGUCUUUGCUUAGGUGUUUUCUGUCGCAACCGGAAUGCCUGCUGGUUUUAUCAUGUAAUGCAUCAAAUGAGACAAAUGCAAAUCGUUCUUAACCAUUUAGCGAUCUGCCAAAGAUGGAGGAAGGUUUGAACCACAAUCAUGGUACCGUAAUAAACACAGAACCCGAUGUA